AUGGCGUACACCCCGACGGGAGCAACGCUCCAUAUUCACGAGCCCUCCACGAACAAUCUGUUCGACGUCGGCAUCUUCAAAGAUACCAUCCUCCCCACUCUAGGUUACAGCUCCGCCCUCGCCGUCCUAAACUAUGGCCUGGGAAGAAGCACGGACACGCUUGCGACCAAGGACAUCUUCAGACCCGGCUACCAUGUCUUCAACCUAUGGUGGAGCGCCGUCUUCAGAAGAGUCUGGUACAUGGGUCUACCAGUCGGCCAAGUCUUGAAGAUGCAGUCUCGUCCCGAGAAGCUGCUGUUGGGUGGUGUCACUCUCUGGGCUGGCUACCGUGUGGCUUCCGCAGCCUCCGCCUGGAACAAGCGCGAUUCCAAGGAUGACCCCAAGUACCUGACCACCAAGCAAGAGGAGGGCUUCUGGAACAACGCCCUCUUCAAGUACUACCUACCUGAGGCUGUGGUUGCGACCGUCGUCGCUCUUCCCUUCACGGCGCCAUUCCGCCACCAGGGAACCGUCAUGACGGGCUACCACCCAAUCCUUCAGUCUACCGCUGUUGGCCUCUACACUGCUGGCCUUGCCCUUGAAUUCCUCGCCGAUUCUCAGUCAAGCGACAAGCCAGGCUCCAGCCCCGUGGACGACUCGAUCUGGAACGUUCUUUCCAACCCCAAGAACCUUGCCUCAACAGCCGUCGUCGCAUCAUUUCCCCUCCUCCUCUACAGCUCCGACAUGCUCGCUCCCAUCGAGCUCCUCGGACCUCUUGCCUACUACCUCUUCCACCGCUACACUUUCGACUCCUCCACGACCCCCGAGUCCGACGCCGAAUCCGCCAAAGCCGCCGCCAAGGACGUCAAGGAAGGCAAGGUCGACUACAAAGCCGAAGCAGAGGAAGCCAAGGACGAGAUCGCCAAGGUCGUCAAGAACAAAACCUUCCUGACCACCAUCGCCAUCGGCACCAUCGUUGGCAUCCUCGAGGGCUUCACUCACGGCUCAGCACUGCGAUUUGGUGAUUAG